AUGCAACUGCGGUACCGCAAUCGAUAAAGACCGGAGCAUGGCACCCUGACAGACAGACGCAAUUCAAUGCAGUCCAUCCACCGCACGUCUCGUCGCAUCCUCCGUGACCACCCUCCCCCUCCCUCCUCUCCGUCCCUCGCCGCGUUGCCUGUCCCUCCUCCUCGCUCUGCCAUCAUCACCACCACCACCAGGUCCAUGCGUCCCUUACGCGCCGUGACUAAAGAGUGCUGCAGUUAAUUUUGCUGUUUCAUCAGUCAGCGCAAGGACGAUCCCCCCCCUCUCCCUGCACCUGAAGCAGCAGCUGGCUGGCGCCAUUGCGCGGGCUACAUUCCUGCAGGUAGCCAUGGCAGCCGCGCGGGCGUUCGUCGCUGUGGUGGUCGCGUUGUGCUUGUCACACGUUGUGGUGGGUUAUGAGAAGGAGAUCAAGCCCAACAACUACCCGAACUUUGAGUUUCAUGAGUCGCCGGUUCAGGAGACCGCUGAAGUGGAGCCACACAACUUCGAAAGUUCCGAGUUCUCGCAGUCGGGAGACAAGGUGCCGGUUGCUUCUCGCGUGCAGAAGGUGAAUAACUAUCCUGACUUCAAGUUCUCGGAGACGCCGGGAUAUGGUCAGGCGCGUGACGGGAAUGCGCAUGAUCAAUUCGCUCAGGGGCACCACACGCGCUUCCAUGCAGUGCCGGACACGGGCGAUCGGUUUUCGAGCAAGGAGAAGACUUACGAUGCCAAGGAUGGAGAGGUUUACAAUGCGCAUCAUCAAGAGUUUUCGGGAGAGACAUACUACUCUACUGAUGUCCCCGUGUAUCGAGGUUCCGAUGCCCAGAAUAGGUAUCCUUCCUCAUACGAGUUGAUAAACUCUCGGGAGCAUGAGAACCAGGGUGACGAGUUCGGGUCGUCAUUCUCCUCCAACGACGCUCCCUUCAGCAACCACAGGGAAGAAGAGGCCAACACCCCGGUGCAUUCCGGCUCCUCCUCCGUCUUCUGGUCUCCCUCCAGCGAUCCUGACUUCGCCUUCAGGUUUGCCAAGCCUGACACGCCGGCCACUUUUGGUGACAAUAGCUUCAAGGGCCAGGACAACACUGACGACAACGCCUUCUCUCAGUUUAGCCUUGAAAAUCGAGAUAACGCGAACGACAUCUCCAGGGCUACUUACGGCACUACCUCCCGGGUGAACUCUUUGAGGAAGAACACCCCCGCAGCCACUGCCGGCCAUGGCUGCACUAACAUGUAUUGGGCGGAGCACACGAAUCAAUGGCCAUCUUUCUUCAACAUCAACACGCAAGUAGCGCAGGCAUUUGGAACCAAGGCCGGGGAAGUCUAUGGCACCACCACGCUCCUCCAGGCUCUCUAUGACAACCGAGCUGAUGGGUACAGCCAGCUGCUCAGCCAUGGCACAGCGGCUCUGCUGAACUCGUACACCAUGCCCAACUACGCGCUCCGUCACGAUGCCGUCAUCGACCAGUUCCUGGGAGCUCUGUCGUCCAGGACGGCAUCCGGCGUUCAGGCCCAGAAGUUCCUGAACCAAAAUCACGCGUACGGACCCGACGAGUGCCUCAACUAGGAGGUUGCAGGAUCCUUCCUCCUCCCCUCUCGUUAUCAAUCCCUCCUGUUUCGCCCCUCUUCUUCGCUGCCAGAAAAAUCUUAAUGUCUGCCUAGCGGGAUGGACUAGUUUCUCUCAUGGAACCCUAAUGGCCACUCUUCGUCGUGUCGAACUGUAUUUUUACUGACUAAAACUCCGUUGGGCCGGUGAUAUUGAUAAGUUCCUCAACGAUGAGCUUUUGAUUGUUGUACCAGGAUGCAAGGUCUGUAGGCCGCACGGGUGAUGCCAAGGCUCGUCAUUCGUGACUGGUUGUGUAAAUUCUGGCUGUAUGGCUUGGCUGAUAAUGAUUGUUAUAUAUUUUUCUCUUCACUUGAAAUAAUUGGCGUCGCCACUUCCUAUCCUA